CUUUAUUUUACAAUUAAUAUUUCGAAUUUUGAAAAUUAAUGGUUUAGGCAUUCUAUAAAGCUUAAUAAAACAAAUGAAUAACAUAAAUGCCUAAAAAUAAUAUUUAAUGGUCUUUUUUUUUAUGAUAAUGAAGAAUUUAUAAAAAACACACACACACAUAUAGUCCGGCUACAUAGUCACGUGACUAUAAUCACCGGACAAUUCACUUCUUCAUUGCUGAAGUUUGGAUGGAUGGGAAUAGAUUGAAAGAUAGCAAGGAAGAACAGCUGAAGUCUUGUUCCCCCCCUCUUUCAUCAUAUAUACAAUGGUUGCAUCCAAGUCUGGUAUCGCUGUUGGUCUCAACAAGGGUCACAUCACCACUCGUCGUGAGCUCAAGCCUAAGCCUUCUAACAAGAUUGGUGCUGCUUCCAAGCGUACCGUUUUCGUUAAGAGCAUUAUCCGUGAAGUUGCCGGUUUCGCUCCUUACGAACGUCGUCUUAUGGAAUUGAUCAAGAACUCCAAGGAUAAGCGUGCCAAGAAGCUUUGCAAGAACAAGCUCGGUUCUUUCCUCCGUGCUAAGAAGAAGAUUGAAGAACUUCAAGCUGUCAUUGCUUCUACUCGUCGUCAUUAA